CAGACACACGUAGUAGGCGGAGGCAAGAAGCCACACACACACAUUGGAGGGAACCCCAUCAGCUGUGGGAAGCAACACAGCUUGAACUUACUUUUAUUUUUCUAAGUCUAUUCUUCAGAUUGGAAGAUUUUGAAGCGGUGUUUUAGAUAUGCGCCAUUGAGCAGUACAGAGAGAGCUCUGUGCUAAAAACGUACAUCAUUAUAUUUUAACAAGGACCGCAGUGGAGGAAGAAGAAGAAGGAAAAAAAAACAGAACACACGGACCACAGAAGGUGGCUUUGAAAGCAUGGAAUAUUUCAUGAUGCCGACAGACAAGAUACCAUCCUUACAGCAUUUCAAGAAGACGGAGAAGGAUGUUAUUGGAGGUCUCUGCAGCCUGGCCAACAUCCCCCUCAGUCCAGAGACGGCCCAGGACCAAGAGAGACGAAUUCGGCGUGAGAUUGCCAACAGCAACGAACGCCGGCGCAUGCAGAGCAUCAACGCGGGCUUCCAGUCCCUCAAAACACUCCUGCCCCACACAGACGGAGAGAAACUCAGCAAGGCGGCCAUCUUGCAGCAGACAUCGGACUACAUAUUUGCCUUGGAGCAGGAAAAGACGACGCUCCUGGCACAGAACAACCAGCUAAAACGCUUCAUCCAGGAGUUCAGCGGCUCAUCACCCAAGAGGAGGCGAGCAGAGGAGAAAGAUGAAGGGAUUGGGUCUCCAGACACGCUGGAGGAGGAGAAGGUCGAGGAGGUGAGGAGGGAGAUGUUGGAGCUGCGACAGCAACUGGACAAAGAACGCUCGGCUCGCAUGCAGCUGGAAGAACAGGUGCGAUCUCUGAACACCCAGCUGCAGCCGGACCGCCUGAAGGUGAUCACUCAGCAGGUGGAGGAGGAGCAGGCACUCAUCCAGAGCCAGACGCUGCUACGGCUGCAGCAGAUCCAAGCGGCUGACAGACAACCACACAGUCCACAGGUGCCGGCUCCUCCCACUCCCCCCGCCCCGACCCACCACCCCACAGUCAUCGUUCCGGCCCCAACACUAACCCAGCACCCCCACCAUCACGUCACCGUGGUGACCAUGAGCUCGUCUGUCCAGACCAGCACGGUUUCUACGUCCAGACAGAACCUGGACACCAUUGUGCAGGCCAUCCAGCACAUUGAACGCGCUCAGGAGAGGAGAGCGAGCGCCGAGGAGGAGCAGAGACGAGCCGUCAUUGUUAGCCCCGCCCACAUCGCCAUGGACACCGCCUGCUCGGACACAGACACCGACACAGAGGGCGAGGACUGCUCGAUGAACUGAUCCACCCUAUGAACUCUCAUACACACACAAACACUUAAAAAUACCUACUCACUGUAAGAUUCCCUCCAGGAGCUCGACUACUUAAAAAAAAAAAUUCCUUUCUUUGGCAUUAUACAAACUCCUAAAUCCAGUGGUUAAGCUCUGUGUCAGUCUUGUACUGUAAAAUCUCUGAAGAUUGAAAACAUAGGAUGGUCAGCGUGCAGAGGAGGCCCUGUGGGAUUUCUAAAAGGCUGUUUUUCGAUGUCAGAGCCGGUCUGUGGCUCGUUGAAACCUUGAGGGUCUCCUUGUGUAAAAAGCUAUCAGCAUCAGUCCGUCCUUCACGUGUGUUUAUGUGUGCUACGUACAGUCGCAGUGUCACAGUUUACUGUUGUCACUGGCACGCUGACACUAUUAUUUGUGCUACAAAUUGAUGGCGCUAGUACAGUGGAGAGUUGAAUGUAAAAACACAAUAAGCAAGCAGCUCUAAAUUCUGAAAAGGGAUAUGGAGUUGCAAUUAUUUCUUCCCCAGUCUUAGUUAGUUUGUUUUUAUUUGUUUCCUGGUUGGCUAGGUGAUAUUCUAGUGCCAGUGGCCACAACACCCAACUUAAAACUACAACAGAAGGCAUUUCUAAAUUAAAAAGUUCAAAUUCAAACUUAAUUGCAAAGUUAAUUUGAGGAUAAAUGUUGAAUGAAAUUAUGUCUGAAUUUACUUGAAAAGGUUGUGUUUUUGAUAUCUAAAUAAGCCCUUAAAAAAUAAGCUGUUGAACAAUUUAUAUUGAUCGUCUUUUGGUUUUUAUGUUUUUCAUGUUUUUGUUAACUUUUUGUUUCUGUCAGGGUUACUGAAUGUUGAAGGUGAACAUUUUGUUUUAUUGAGAUUAACAACAUAAAAUUGGAGGCGUGUCAGGUUUUCACAGAGAACCGGAGGCCUUGAGAUGAAUUCUGAAAGUCCGAUUUAAAUGUGAUUUUAAAUUUUGAGCCACCCGAAGUCAGCCCAAUCAUUUCUUAUCUACCGGUGGUGGUUGUUGCACCCCUGACUUAAAAAAGGAGGUUUCAAAAAAAAAAAAAAAAGAGAAAAGAACCAAAUGUUGGUUCAUUGAUGGAAAAACAAAGAGCAUUUUAGUGGCUGGUGAUAAUUUUCACGCUAACUGACUCGAAAUGCGUCCUUGCAUACGAAAGUAUGGAACAUUUGGCUGAUGUGAAAAUCUGAAACAGAUUGACUUGAUUCACAUGCUCUGUUUGCAUGAAGGCUUCCGGUUUUCCUCCAAAGACUUCCUCUUAUCUUCUGGUCUUGGUUUGUUGAUUUCAGUGACUAUGCACUAGUUUUUCGGUAUUUAUGCAAUUCCAUCUUCAGUACGUUUGUUGGUGUCAUUUAUACAUGAGGUGAAGUUAUCUAUGCACCGUUGAUAGGUGUGUACAUUACACCUACAGUAUACAGUAUGUAUGAAACUUAACAUGCUUGUAUCAAAGAAUGUAGUCUCUACUUGCAAGGUGCUCUUAGUCAACCUGGUGCUCUGCUGACCAGCAGCGAGCCGAGGCCCAAACCCGUCGUGUAACUUCACAAGUUAAUCACGUUUAUUACGUGUAUGAAUCUUUAGGGAAAUGAUAUGCGGCAUUUCCACAUCUUAGAAUUUCUUAGUAGAGAGUAGUGGAGCGGGGAGGAGUUGUGUCUGGUUAGAAAUGACAGCGGCGUUUGUGUGAUCCCAUUGUGACAUUUGCUCACAUAAAUGGACAAUAACAUCACAAUAUAGGCAGGUUGCUUCGUACAGAACUCUAACCCAAAAAGCUUAAUUUUGGUAAAGAAUGAGAAUUUAAGAUUGGCAGCGUUAGUUUGAAAACUAAGCGUACUGAUAGUUGUACGUAUUCAGGUGCCACAAAGAGUGCAAACCUAAUGAAAAGCUGAACAGAAAUGCAGAUCUCUCCACAAAUCCCUGUCUCUCAUUGCCUCUGAAGUGCACCACGUCUGUCCACCUCAUGUUACGUUGCUUAUGUUUCUCUGGAAUUUGACUGGAAAUCCCUGCUCCGAGCCUCCCUCCUGUCAUACUCAAUUUGAUACGCUGACUUGAUGCUGUAAACAUUCCUUUUAUUUGGAUUUGUAUCUGUCUUUUGAUCUCUUAUGUUCUGUUGCCAAUUGAAUGCAUGUUACUAAUUGCUGUUUUCUCUUGUCUAAAACAGGCUUUUUGUUUUUUGACCUUUUUGUUUUUCAUAAACACAUGACUGGUGGAUUCAGCGUGAAAAUGUCUUGUGUGAGAUUUUCAGACACUAUUCACUGACUGACAUCAGUUUUAUUCCUGGUUAGAGUAGCUGGUAUUUCUCAUGCCCAACAUGGGAAAUUCUCUUAUUUUGUUUGUGAAACUUUGUUUAAGGGUUUGGUGUUUUACUGACCUGGUGAGCCACAGGCUGAGUUUAGGCUGAGGCUUGUGAUUGGUCAGUUGCUCACUUUCCCCCAAAUGUUUCUGUACAUUGUGUUGCAGCACUGCUGUCUUGGUGGAUUUUGAGAUAUUUUAUAUGAAGCACUUGCUGUUCUGUACUGCCUGAAUCAAUGAUGAGGAAGACUUUUGUUUUGCCAUUUAUUUCUUUGUAAAGUCUUUGCUGUGACACAACUCAACGGCUGUUUAUUGUGCUCUGCUUUUUCUGUCUAUUCUGUCUUUCUUGUCCGGUUUUCCAUAUUUGGUGACAAGCAUUUUUUAUAUUUUUGUGAUUUUUGUUUUUGUUAUUUUUCCCAUCAGUCCAGGUCGAUGAGAAGCUGUUAUAUUUUGUUUAUAAAAAACUUAGGUAAACAGGCCUUUGUAAAGAUGAAAAAAAAUAAAAUUUGUACUUUUUUUACUACA